CGGCCCGGAACACGCUAGUGGAGCGGAAGAUGGCGGCGGCAGCGGUGGCUGCAGCCGGGACCCCAGUCGGGCUGAGGCGGAGGAGCCGCCGGCUCUGACCUCGCUCUGGCUCCGGUGCGCGCGGCGCAGCGUGUGCGAGGCCCCGCGCGUCGGGCAGGGGCGGCGCCGGCGGCUGUGCGCCGCCCUGAGGAGCGUUCCGGCAGCGGCGCUGCUGCGGCUGAAGAGAGAGCCGGCUCCGGGCCUCCGCGUCCUCCUGCUCCCCGGGCCCCCCGCCUCCUCGGGGGGGCGGCGGCGGCGAUGUUCUCGGUCCUCUCGUACGGGCGGCUGGUGGCCCGCGCCGUCCUCGGCGGCCUCUCGCAGACCGACCCCAGGGCCGGUGGCGGCGGCGGCGGUGACUACGGGCUGGUGACGGCCGGCUGCGGCUUCGGCAAAGACUUCCGUAAGGGCCUUCUCAAGAAGGGCGCGUGCUACGGGGACGACGCGUGCUUCGUGGCCCGGCACCGCUCAGCAGACGUGCUCGGGGUUGCUGAUGGUGUAGGAGGAUGGAGAGACUAUGGAGUUGAUCCAUCUCAGUUCUCAGGGACUUUAAUGCGGACGUGUGAACGGUUAGUAAAAGAAGGACGGUUCGUCCCAAGUAAUCCCAUUGGAAUCCUCACCACGAGCUACUGUGAGUUGCUGCAAAAUAAAGUACCCUUGCUUGGUAGCAGUACUGCCUGCAUUGUGGUGCUGGACAGAACUAGCCACCGCUUACACACAGCAAACCUGGGCGAUUCGGGCUUCCUGGUUGUCAGGGGUGGUGAAGUUGUGCACCGAUCAGAUGAGCAGCAGCAUUACUUCAACACUCCAUUCCAGCUCUCAAUUGCACCACCUGAAGCCGAGGGAGUCGUCCUGAGUGACAGCCCGGAUGCUGCUGAUAGCACAUCUUUUGAUGUCCAGUUAGGAGACAUUAUCCUGACGGCAACAGAUGGACUUUUUGACAACAUGCCUGAUUAUAUGAUCCUUCAGGAGCUAAAAAAGUUAAAGAAUUCAAAUUAUGAGAGUAUACAGCAGACGGCAAGAAGCAUUGCUGAGCAAGCCCAUGAGCUGGCCUAUGACCCAAAUUAUAUGUCACCUUUUGCACAGUUUGCAUGUGACAAUGGAUUGAAUGUGAGAGGUGGAAAGCCAGAUGACAUCACCGUCCUUCUUUCAAUAGUGGCUGAGUAUACAGACUGACCCGCCUAGGUGUCAACUCCGGCCUUUCCUUUCAUCUUCCCAAGUUCUCCCCUGCCACAUGUGCUGAUCCUGCUGGCGGGACCGUGUUUCUUUGCCACUGAUCUCGAUGGCCGGUGAUGUAAGCCUUUGCCUGUCUUUUUGAGACCCGGUUGAGAUCUUUGUGGAGAACCACUACUGUCGUUUGUUCGCUAGCUCAUUAUCUGCCAGCAACUUUGAAGAGAAUCAAGAUUUGAAGAUAGGCCUUCACUUCCUACUGUCCUUUCUCCGAUGGGAUGGAGGUUUUCAAGGCCAAAAUGGCUAUUGCAUUUCCAAAAUGGUUUAGGCAUUGAAAAUGAUGAUGUUGGUAACGUGCAUUCAAAAUUACAGUGUGUAAAAGGGAUUUUUAAAGUCUAACACAAAUUGUAUGUUAUGGUACAUCUACUAGAAACAUACAUUAUCAUCAAAAGAAACGUUACACACGUACUAUACAGUCUUUGUUAUGAUGAUUGGGUGUGGCUUUAUGUUUUCAUUAUAAACUCCUCUUUUUCAGGGGCUUAUAAUUCUGCUCUAAAACACUGCUCUGGAUUAUGAAGUCUUUAUCCCAGGAGCUUUUUUGUUACAAAUUGGAAGAAAACUUCAGUUUAGUUCUAUAGAUGCAAAUGUUCUGUGGUUUUUAAAAGAUGCCUAAUUGUACUCCUGUAAGGAAAGUUUCGGCAGUUUAUUGAGUGGUCCAAAUCAUAGGCUGGUGGCCUGAUCUGCAGGAGGGGUGAGGGAGACUCCCUACCAACAUUUUUCAAUGGAAAUAUUAUUCAAUAUUGUAAACUCCUCAAAGCCUAGAAAUUUAAUGUUGUGGAUGAAGUUCCUCCCAGCUGUCAGAUACGAUGCCCCUGUGUGGGAGUCCCUGGGCCACAGGCCUCACAGUGGACAGCUGUAACUUUGAAUUUUGUUGGCUUUUACAGUCGUGCUACUCCUGGUCUCCCUGUCAGACCUGUCGUUAGUAGCCUUGCUCUCCGUAGAGCAUGCACCACAUUCGGGGAGUCUGUGUGGAAAGAGCACCUUGGGUGAUGGCAACAGCACAAGAGUCCACAGGGAAAACUCCUGGUGAUGAUCUGACAUUUGCAUUUGCCCUACACAGAAAUUUAGGGGUUUCUGAAUCAAGCUUAAUGUUUACAGUUUCCGAAUAGCCAUCUUGCAGUGUAUAGUUUCCUUAUAAAACUACCCCGCAUUCAGUUUUCCCUUUAUCUGCAAGCCCAGACUUAUUUUUAAGGUUUGUGUACAAGUCGACUGCUGUAAAGAUAUAUAUUUUUGGGUCAGUUUUUUUUCCUUCAUUAACUUGGUGGUAGAAAAAAAAAAAAUAUAUAUAUAUAUAUACAUAUAUAUACAUAUGUGUAUGUAUAUAUAUAUAUACACACACUUAGAAAUUCUUAAAUUAAAGCCAUGUUUUAUAUAUAAGUCAGGUAACAUUGGUGUAUAGAUGAGAAUGCAAUUAAACCUGAUGAGAAUCUACUGGAGGAGAAUACAGAAAGUCUCUUUCUCUAAAGGAGAUACUUAUUCCCUGGUUUAUUGCAUUAAAACUUAUGUUUGAGGUUACCUCAACUUGUUUUAAAAGAUUUUGUUUUGUGAAUUUGUACUGUAUAUUUGAGUAACUGUCAAGCUUUUGUUUUAUUUAAAAUUGUUUAACAUGUACCAUGUACAUGUCAUUACUAUAUUUCAAUGCAUCAUGCUUGUAACAGGCAUUUCAUUUAUAAUAAGAAUGAGUUAUUCAUUUGUAAGCCGUUCAGUAAUUUAUCUACUAUUCCUAAAUUGGCAUAAUGUUAGAUAUCUAUUUUGAAUCACCUUUAAUUACAUGUCAGAAUGCCUUAACUACCCUAACUUGACAAAACAGAAUUCUUUGGUAGAGGAGAUAGGGGACAGGGCAGGGGGAUGGAGGGGAGACUGUUGAAAUAAUGAGCAGCCAUCGUGCUUUGAUAAAACACAGAAGCGUGAGUGGCAAGUGGUGGGGUAUUUAUUUUGCACAAACUGUUUGCAGUCUCUGUGUAUUUAAAAAGUAAAGAAAGUUGCAUCCAGAAGGGUUUUGUUGGAAGGAAUACACUUAUACUUGGACUGACAAUUUCAGUUCUUUUGUUUGGGUUUUUAAUUAUUUCUGGUCAGAGGUAUGUAGCCUUAUGAUCUGGAUAUAUUUUGCAUUAAUUUUCCAAUGCCUACAUUUAAUUCCUUGUAAGAGCAGUUCUGUUCAAGUCACUGGCUUUCCUCUGCUCUCAUUUAACCCUUCAAACACAAUCUUUAUAAAGCUAGAUUGGUGGUGUUUUACACAACACAUUUAAUCAACUUACUUUUUUUGAGAAAUGACUGUUAGAAACCGACAUCGUUUGUGUCAGUGAUGUUGAAAGUAGCAGGACAAGAAUUGAGUUUCACAGUGGAACUGACUUUGGACCUGGCCUGUAGAUUAGUGACACAGUAUUUUCUCUAUUUUCUUUUGCCCUGUCCUUUGUGUGUUGAGCACUUCAUUUUGUGACUGGGGGUUGGGGGGAGUGGUCAGUUGAAGUGCUGCUUAACAGGGAACUCUCCUUCCACUCCCAGCGAUCAGAGGCUCUGCUGGAUCCAUACUGGAAUUUUCCAGGUCACAGAACCCAAGUCUCUGGGGGGUGUGACUGAGAUAUACUACUUGGUGGGUCUGAUUUUGAACUUGAUGUGUGUGUUAGUUGUAUUUUAAAUCAAGCAGUAUAAACACACACACACACACACACACACACACACACGCACACAUUUGCCUCAUCCAAUGGACUUUUAUAACAAAAGAGAAUUUGGAUUUCUAAUUUACAAAUGGCAAAUUAUUUAUCCCUCUCUGGAUGCACCAAAGACCAGUAAAGUUUAUAGCUUUUCCAUCUAUAUUUAUAAAGCAAUACUGUAUUAUAAAAAUCAAUAUUUUUAUCACAUGCUUGAAAUUUUUAUUUUAUUCUGUUUUAAAAUGUGCACUCUAAACAUAUCAGAACCUUAUUUCUUCCUGUGAACUUAAGCUGCCUGCGCACAAAAAAAUUUACUGAAUGGAUAAUGCAGUAGAAUCCAUAGGCUCUUCAAAACUGAAAGAAGAAAUGGGGGUGGGGGAAACAAGUUAUUUGUCCUGAAUUACUGUCCUGGCUUGAUGUGGUUGAUAGGUACUAAAUCACAAAAGAAUCCAUUCCAGGUAUGCAUGUCUGGGGGGGCGGGCUGUGUCUAGAUUAGAAACUAGAUUUUAAGCUUUGCGUGAUAGGAGUGUGUCCUCUCCUGUCAGCUGCAUUUGUUCUGGAUAGAACAGUAGCCUUCAGUACCACCUUCAGUAGCACCAACCCACCACCUUGAGUAACGAGGCAGGAGUUGUUGGGAUUCACUGAGUCGGUUUUGAGCGUUUUGGAGAUUGUAAACAAGAUUGGCUAGAACUGUAAAUGUUUGUCCUCUGGAAUAAGUUCAUGGUUCCUUGUCACCUUAUACCAGCUAUCUUUGGUAGAAGCUACAGCAUCCAAUUUCCCUGGAAACUAUCACAUUUUGCAGUGAAAAAAUUUUACAAUAUGAAAAACAAAGCAAAAUCUACUUAUAAAAUUGAAAAUGUGAAGCAGAAAAGGAUUUGGAUUCUAUUUGCUAAAAACAAAUUCUUUGCAAAACUGAACUUCUCAAACUAAACAUCAACAGUGUCCAUGGCAAAAUUUUAACUGUUAGCAGGUAGUUUGUGGCAAAGAUGGCUAAAUAAUGAAGCAAAUUUGAAUUUGUGUAUACUAAUGAGCUGCUUUUUUCUGUUGAGACUAUCAUUGUUUGUCUUACCCAAGAGGCAAUGACCUGAAUUGGAUGUCUGAAAUAUAACUUAUGCAGGAAUAGUUCUGUAAAUACAUUUAAAUAAACUGUAAAGAUAUUUAAUAAAUAUAGUAUUUAUACUAA